AUUUUGCUUACAGUCCAGUACCACCAGGCAUAUCAUGCGCCCGAACCUCCCUCCUCUCUUCACCACCAGAAUCUAUAAUGCGGUCGGACAAGCAGGUAAAGAUAAAUAGAUCCUGCAUCGAAUGCAGACGGCGAAAGGUACGCUGUGAUGGCCAGCAGCCGUGCAGCAACUGCGUAUGGUAUGUCGUGGCCGACAACUGCCAGUACCAACCACGAAGGCGACGGAACUGCAGCUCCAAUAAGGCCGGGAAGCAGAUCGCUGCUGGCACAGCAGGCCAGAGCGCCCAUGACACUAUUCUGAACACUCUUUUCCCCGGCUCCAGCGCAGAUGAGCUGUCCAAGUUGUCCCGGGCCGAGCUCCUCCAGCUAGCACAGGAGGAACAUUCACAAUCUCCCGGGACAGCGGAGCAUCAAAGACUGGGCGAGGCAUCAGAUCAAACCUCCGACACGGACGACGAGCACGAGUGGAAUGAGCGGCAGGAGAAUCAGGACCCGGCGGCUGACGAUGUGAAUGGCCUCUCGUUACAGCUCAAUCUUAAAUCGUACCUAGGAAUCUCAUCUGUCCGCGCAGCGUUGCGGACAAUAUUCAGAUUGAACCCUUCCAUACGCGACUACGUGAGGCAGCGGAUAGCGACCUGGGAUGUAUCCAACUCCUGGUGUUUCGCUCCCGGGGGAGUGGGGGUAGGCCUCCACCAGGAACCCCAAUUGUUGAGUCCGACGAUAGAUGAGGAGACGUGCAUCGACGCAUACUUCCUCCACGCACAUGAGAUGACACCAAUGCUUGACGAAGCAGAUUUCCGAGCGACCUGGAAGGAGGGGACCAGAACCGAUGGGCCUUGGAUUGCCCUCCUGAAUAUGGUUCUUGUCAUGGGCUCGAUGUCGACAGGCAGCGGCGACGAUGAAUCGCACAAAUUUUACUACAGCCGGGCGAAACAAUAUAUAAAUAUUGAGCUGUUUGGGGCAGGCUGCUUGGAGAGUCUGCAGACGCUGUGCAUUUUAGGGGGCUACUACCUUCAUUACGUUAACACCCCGAACAUGGCGCAUGCAGUCAUGGGUGCAGCUUUUCGGAUCGCCAUCGGCUUGGGUCUACAUCGUGACACGGCGACCUUGGACACGAAGAUAGGAGCAGCUAAAGCAGGUUCAAGACCACAGCUUCGCCGGCAGCUGUGGUGGUGCCUAGUCUGCCUAGAUACUUGGAGCCAUAUGACGCUCGGCCGGCCGAGUCAAGGGCGAUGGGAUCCGAAGACCAUGAACGUCAGCCUCUCAGAGUCGAGCGAUUCAGCAACGCUUUCUCUCGACCACAGUCAGACAUUCUGCAAGAUCGCCACUCGAGUCCAAGACCGAUUUGCGCAUCUCGAGCCAAUUUCCAUCAGUGAACUGAAAGCGUUCGAUGUAGAAGUACAAAACUGGCAUCGGAAUCUCCCACCCGAAUUCCGCUAUCGCGAGAUGUGCCCCGAACGGUUAUUGACGUCGUACUCUUUCAUGAGCAAUAGGUUUUUCAACCUCCGACUCCUGUUAUACCGGCCUGUCCUCCUAAGCUACGCCAAUCGCAAAGUCGCAUAUGAUACGCUACUUCCCGAGGAGCAGGCCGCCAUCAAUAGCUGUCAGGAAAUCGCUUGCAAUGCUAUUGAUAAUAUUGCUUCUGGAUUUACUGAGCCGAAUAGGUUGCGCGUGUGGAAUUCGGUUUGGUAUCUGUACCAGGCAACCAUGGUGACGUUGGUCAGCCUCAUCGCAGACCCAAACCACCCCAACGUCUCGCGAUGGAAGGCAAGCACAGAGAAGUCGCUCCAGCUCUUCCAGAUCGUAGCGCCGUGGACAAAACCAGCCGAUCGCUCGAGAGACGUGCUGGCAAGUAUCUACGAAGCGUCACAGCUCCCUCGGAACGACAUAUCAGACAUUCCCUUCGAUUUCCAAAUAGCGGAACUCGAUCAGUUUGGGUUGAAUGCAUUUAGCGGCGGUUGGCAGUGGGAUGCAUUCAAUGGGUUUGAAGAGGAUUAUCAGCAACAACAUACGAAUACGGCGAUGUGGUAAGGCUCAUUGGAGUGGGUUUCUGUGUAGAUUAUAUCUACUGUAACGAAUAUUGAUGUAAAUAGUUCUCUACAAUCGUAUAUCACUGUACCAUAAACGGUUAUGCCAACACGUACGACCUCUUUCGCCUACGCCUAAGAUUGUGAUUCAUUCCCCAUGAGUUAUGCCUGCCGUCCUAUUUCCAUUACCUCCUGCCCUGUGGCCAUCCUGUUGUCGUCAUCCCCUUAUUGUGACUACUCUCUGUUGCCAUCAAUCAUCGCCGUCGUUAUAUCGGCCUCCCCGCUGCUCUCCCCUCCCAUCACUACCCCUUCUCCUCACCCUCUGUCGAUUUUUCUCCCUCCUUGUUGCUCUCCUUCCC